UCAGCUCAUCGUGGACGUCACUGCAAGCUCCGUGCUGAAUCCUAAAGCAGCUCGUCCCUCUCCAUUCAUGAAUCUCCUGUGACGUCAGAAGAGCCCUGGGCUCCCUUUGCAGUGGGCUGCAGGAUUGUGUGGGUGGUAUCUCCCCAUCCCCUACAAUUCCAUUUUCCAAAGCCCCUUUCAGCCUGCUGGUGUAUCCGUAUUUCCCGGUGCGUUCCCAGUGCUUUCUUCUCCCCGGCAUCCUUAGAGACACAACAUGGAAACCAGGCUAAUGCAGCAGUAUCCAUGUGAUCUACAUUCCAAUACAAAGCAGAGCUGAAGGAACCACCCAGAGAAACGGUGUCUUGGGGGUGGCUGCCCCAUGCACAUCCAUGUUACAAUGGCCAGUCCGCACAAGCCCUUGAGUUGGUCAUCUUCUCCCAAUCUUAUUGUUGACACUAUAAGGGAAGAUAAAGAUUACAUGUUGGGGUUUGGUGAUCCAGCUACUACAAGUCACCUUCAGCCUCCAGAAAACCAAGAAAAGUGUGAUAACCUAGAAAAUGCAAGUAGCCCAGUGACUGCCGCUGUCCUAACCUCCAUCAGCGAGGACUCAAGAGACCAGUUUGAAAACAGUGUACUACAGUUAAGGGACCAAGAUGAAGCGGAGAAUACUGCACCUCAGGGCACCAGCCACUCAGGAGAUGGAGGCAGUAAUAGCGGCCCUGAAGAUUUCAAGAUACAUUUCAGCCGUUCAGGAAGUAACAAUGGUGGCUUUUUAGAAGGACUUUUUGGCUGCCUCCGACCUGUAUGGAAUAUGAUUGGCAAGGCUUACUCUACAGAUUAUAAGCUGCAACAGCAAGAUACUUGGGAGGUCCCAUUUGAGGAGAUUUCGGAGCUGCAGUGGCUGGGUAGUGGGGCACAAGGAGCCGUUUUCCUGGGGAAAUUCAAGGGAGAAGAAGUGGCCAUCAAGAAAGUGAGAGAGCAGAAAGAAACUGACAUUAAACACCUAAGAAAAUUAAAGCACCCCAACGUUAUUGCGUUCAAAGGUGUUUGUACACAGGCCCCCUGUUACUGUCUUAUUAUGGAAUACUGUGCCCAUGGACAGCUUUAUGAGGUACUCAGGGCUGGGCGGAAGGUAACCCCAAGACUCUUGGUGGACUGGUCAACUGGGAUCGCUAGUGGCAUGAACUACCUCCACCUGCACAAGAUCAUUCAUAGGGACCUCAAAUCACCCAAUGUCCUAGUCACACACACAGACACAGUAAAAAUUUCAGAUUUUGGAACAUCCAAAGAACUCAGUGACAAAAGCACCACAAUGUCAUUUGCUGGUACCGUGGCAUGGAUGGCUCCCGAAGUUAUUCGCAAUGAGCCUGUGUCAGAAAAAGUGGACAUCUGGUCUUUUGGAGUUUUGCUCUGGGAGCUAUUGACUGGGGAGAUCCCAUACAAGGAUGUGGAUUCAUCAGCCAUUAUCUGGGGAGUGGGCAGCAACAGCCUCCAUCUUCCUGUUCCUUCUACCUGCCCUGACGGCUUCAAAAUCCUCAUGAAGCAGACAUGGCAAAGCAAGCCCAGAAACCGGCCAUCAUUCAGGCAGAUUCUUAUGCACCUGGACAUUGCUUCCUCUGACGUCCUAGGAACUCCACAGGAAACAUAUUUUAAAUCACAGGCUGAGUGGAGGGAGGAAGUAAAGAAACAUUUUGAAAAGAUUAAAAGUGAGGGGACCUGCAUCCACCGUCUGGAUGAGGAACUGAUCCGCAGACGGAGAGAAGAGUUACGACAUGCACUGGAUAUUCGUGAACACUAUGAACGCAAGCUGGAGAGAGCCAAUAACCUAUACAUGGAGCUCAGUGCUAUCAUGCUGCAGUUGGAAGUCCGAGAAAAGGAGCUAAUCAGGCGUGAACAGGUUGUAGAGAAAAAAUACCCUGGAACUUAUAAGCGCCACCCUGUCCGCCCGAUAGUUCAUCCAAAUACUGUUGAGAAAUUGAUCAAAAAGAAAGGGGUACCUUCUAAAUCUACAUCUCACACUAGACGGCCUGACUUACUGAAAUCAGAUGGCAUAUCUAGUGUGGAGGCAAAUGUACCCAGUUCAUCUCCCAUAUCUGGAAGUCCAAAGAUAUCAUCAGGUGGGAAGAGCCGAUAUCGAAGCAAACCACGUCAUCGGCGAGCGAACAGCAAGGGCAGUCAUGGUGACUUCAUGGGCAUUUCAAAAAACCAGGACUCUCCUUCCCUUUCUCAAGCUGCUCGUCAUCUUUCUCCUGCAUCUCCCCCAUUUACUCCACCAAGUCCCCGCCAUGAUCCAGUCCAGCCUGCGUUAUCUCGACAUCAAACCCUCAAUAUGCAUGGGCAGAAUAUUGCCAACUGUGCCAACAACCUGCGGUACUUUGGCCCUGCAGCUGCACUAAGAAGUCCUCUGAGUUGUCAUGCUCAGAGGUGUAUGUCUGGCUCUAGCCCUGACCUUCUCUCCAGCACCCUGGAAGCUGACAGCCGCUUACAAACAGAAAACUGGGAGCCCUGUCAGCAAGACUCUUAUGACUCUUGCCUGAACUGUGCUGAAGCCUCUUCUCAGCCCAACCCAAACCCAGAAUCCUGGGAAAAUUCUAGAAGUGAAAAUCCAGAGCUACGGAACUCAGAGAGAAACCCACCAGAUUCACCAAGGCACAAUAUUAUGCAAGAAGGAACUCAGAUGAGUGGGCUAGAUCAGCUUCCUAUUAUCAGGGCAGCAGUCGGAGUGAGUUCUUUAACCAUCCCAACACCACCUGCUCUCCCACGAAGGAUACGCACUCUUAGAAAGAAUGGAGACGAAUCAUCUGAGGAAGAGGAGGGUGAGGUAGACAGUGAAGUUGAGUUUCCCCGAAGACAACGACCACCUCGGGGCAUGAAAAGCUGCCAGUCCUACUCUACUUUCAGUUCAGAAAAUUUCUCUGUGUCUGAUGGAGAAGAGGGAAACACCAGUGAUCAUUCCAACAGCCCAGAUGACUUGGUCAACAGCCGCAAGGAGCCUUUGGGGGACAAGUUGGAAGACUUUCUAUCUCAGACACCAGAAAUCCCUAUUGAGAUCUCAACACAGUCAGAUGGGUUAUCCGACAAGGAGUGUGCAGUGAGAAGAGUGAAGACUCAAAUGUCCUUGGGCAAACUUUGUGCUGAGGAGCACAGUUAUGAGAACCCAGGCAAUUUUGAGUCUGACUGUGAUUCAUCAGAUGGAGAGUGUUCUGAUGCCACUGUACGAACCAACAACCCCAUCAACUCCUCUACCUGGUGAAAAAGUAUUAAGUCUGCCAUUAGGACUAUUCACUUGGCCAUAUGUUUCCUACAUCUAGUCCUGAACUGUUAGAGCAAAGAAGACCCUCUACAUCCUUUUGCCCUUCCAACCUAAUACCUUUCCACCACUAGGUGAGGGGCAGCAAACUGUUGUAAAGCAAUAUUUUGUUGGUCCUCCAUUCCCACCCUCUUUUAGAAUUAGGAAAAACUGAAGUCUGCAAUAACGGGGGCCCAAAGACUUAUGGAGGAGCCCUCCUCUAAAUGAACAAGCUUCCUAAAGGGAGCAUAACCAUGAAUGGCAGGGAUAAAUAUUUAAGCAAAAUGUUCAAGGUACUGUAAAAUUCCAUAUUUAUUUUUAUUUUGUGUGUGUUUGGACCCUUUUUAUUGUAAGAUAGACUAAUAGGUGAAAAGUAUAUUAGCACUAAAUGAACGGAUCACUGGAAAAAAAAGCAUUGCAAUGACUCCUGAUGGACCUGCAGAGAUGCCUAAAGGUUUUGCUGCUGUUUUUUAGGGACCAAAUAUUGACUUUAUUUUUUCCAGUUUUAUUUUGUCUUGAAGAUUUGCCCUCUCAAUAUGAAGUCAGAGGGAGAUGCAGAGGCUUAAGAACAAAGCUUUGAAAACAGUAUCAUUGAAAAUAACCUUGUGGACAAAUUGGUCACUUCUGUUAGUAUUGCUGCAUGAUCGUCUAAACAGUAACGUGCUAGCAGGCAAGAAAAAUGAAGACAAAGACUGGCAAUUAUCGUUUUUGCAUUUUCUUACCAAGUAGAGUUGUUUUUCAACAAACUGUUGGUUAAGAAGUGGACCUUGUCUUCUACAAAUCCUUACCUUUUCAGUCACUGUUAGCAAUGACUUACAGGACAUUUUUUGCCCAUCCAAGUGAAACCCGGACCAGCAGAAGUGCAGCCAUCUUUAAGCUGUAAUGGGUGUAUGUUUUGGGCAAGCUUUUGAAGACUUUGAAGACACCAGCACUUGGAAAACUCCUGUGAUGUCUAGUUAUUAUUUUUUGUUUCUCCUGAAUAUAGAUCAGACAUCAAGGGGCUGAGAGGUCACCUACCAUCCCACUCAGGAGAGAUCCCAGCCAUAUUGUCCAUUGCCUCAUGACGGUGACCUUUCCCCUCUCUCCAUACACACAGGUCCGCUUCCCAUAGAGAUAAUGUCAUUAUCAUUUCAUCUUUCAUAAUUGCCUAAAAGCACAUGAAGUGAAUUUACAGGAUUGUUGGGAAUCAAGCAUGCCUAUAUUAUUUAAGGUUAGUGAAGCAUUGAAGAACAGUCAGAAUUCAUCAGGUAUGUGCUGAGGAGGUGAUCUGACUAAUAUCCCAUGAUGCACUUCCAACCAUCAAGACCCCACACAGACUGGACACCUCAUGGCCUCAGGAAGUGUCAGUGUUUUAACAACCUAGGAAAACUGAAAGGAAGCAAUCAAAUACAUAUUGCAACCCAAAAGUAUAUAUUUUUUGGCUUACCGUUCCCAUCUUUUAACAUAAUGUUGACUGGACAUUUUUAUUUCCCUUCAGAAAUAUGAUCCAAUUACCCCAUGUGAGCUACUGCACUUCACUUACGUUACAGGGAACAGAGUUUCUUAUUGGCUAAUGCAAACAUAUUUAUGUUUAAAGCCUUCUAAAAACUCAUUCAUGUUGUGUUCUGAGAAGAUCGUAUUUAUGUCAAGAGUUCUGCAUGUCACACCUUGUCAACAAGAAUCUACUUUAUUGUGACAUAACUCCAAAGUUAUUUAGCCAAUCAGAAUUCGACAUAGGAAGUGGAUCAUUCUUCCAUUUGAUCGUAUUAUGUUUUUUUCUUAUUAUUAUUAUUUUGUAUUUGUAUAUAUUCAGCCAUAUUUUUUACUAUGGCAGGUAAUUUAUUUCCCUGAAAACCUCAGGACCCAGACUCAGGUGACUUGUGAUUUAAAGAGGAGACCUUUUGCCUGCAGGCAGUCAUUUUGUAGACUGGACUAACAUUUAUGUGAAUGC